CUUCAGGGGCAAAGCUCGAGCAAAACUUGUCUCCCACUAGUUACAUUUAAAACAACCUUUAUUUUAAAAGUAUAUUGCCGUUUUGUUACAAUUAUACAGUUAUUAUUUCGAAUAGAGAAUGUUCUCCAAAAAGCCUCAUGGGGACGUUAAAAAAUCAACACAGAAAGUGUUGGACCCAAAGAAGGACGUGUUGACAAGACUGAAACAUCUCAGAAUAGUCAUAGAGAACGCAGAGCCGUCCGAGCUGAAACAGUUCUUCGACCUGAACUACUCGCAUAUCUACUAUGUGUUCUUCGAGAACUUUGUCACCAUUGAGGUCAGCCUCAAACAAAAAGGUCACAAGUCUCAGAGGGAGGAACUGGACUCAAUUCUCUUUAUAUUCGAGAAAAUCCUCCAGCUCCUGCCAGAGCGAAUCCAGAGCCGAUGGCAGUUCCACAGCAUCGGGCUGAUCCUCAAGAAGCUGUUGCACACUGGGAAUUCUUUGAAGAUCCGUCGUGAGGGCGUGCGCCUGUUCCUGCUGUGGAUGCAGGCGCUGCAGAGUCAUGCCGAGCGGGAGCAGCUCUGCAUGUUCGCCUGUUUGAUUCCUGGCUUCCCGGCUCCACUCUGCCACGGGACCCCACGCACCCUGGAUACUCUGAUCAACCCCCCGCUGAGUCUAACAGAGACUCAGGUCACCCCAGAAGAGAUCACCCCAUUGGUUCCCCCCCAGUCAGGUGACAAGAACCAGGAAGACCUCACCGCUUACUUUUUAGAAGCGCUACUUAAAUACAUGGUAAACCAGGCCAAGUCUCUCGAGUGGCGCUGCAAAGACAACCAUGAACGCGCCUUCAGCUUCCUCUUCGGUCACUUCAGGAAGUUUUACCUUCCUCACAUCUUUCCCAACUUCGCCAUGGAAACCAGCCUUUACAACCCCAUACUGGACGUGCCCACGAUGCGUCCUAAGCCUUACUACAGCGUGGUGCGCAGGGAGCAGGACGGGGGGGAAACGGUGUACUGCACCAAGGAAAGCUUCCUCCAGGCCCGGGUCAUCUUCAUCCGCUGGCUGGUUUCCUUCUGGCUGGAGCCGCGGCCCAACGCGCAGACCCACAUCCCGGGAACAGAGGGGGAGAUCGUCCCCAAGAACAUACAGCGUGCAGCAGCAGGCCUUGCGGCUCGCUCGGCAGGCAGCUCUGAGGACUGCGGCGGAGGCGUGCUCCGAUUGGACGCCCACCUGGAAAGUAGCGGGUGCUCAUCUGGGCCGGGCGGGGGCAGCAUGGGGCUGUCCGGGGGUCUGGGGUCCGGGUGUGAGCCGGAACAAAGCCACUCCAACACCUCCACACUGACGGAGAGGGAGCCCAGCUCCUCCUCGCUCUGCUCCAUGGAUGAAGAGCAGCUCACGGACAUGGAGGUGGUGAGGAGGGUCCUGACCUCCUCCAGAACCAACGUCAACUUCAUCACCGAGAUCUUUAGACAGGCCUUCCUCCUCCCCAUGUGUGAAGCUGCGGCGAUGCGCAAAGUGGUGCGUGUUUACCAGGAGUGGAUCGCCAUGGAGGGCAGGCCAGUGUUCAUGAAGGAGCCGGAGGAGGGCCCCUACCCCCCCACUGGCAGCCUGGACUCGGGCUCCCAGCUCGGAGAGAAGGAGGACGAGGGAAUGAACAGAGCAGUGGAUGAGGAACUGCUGGAGUACAGCGUCCAUGCUGGAGUUCAGACCACACUACAGGUAUUCAUCACCCACUCCUCCAACGUGUUCCUUCUGGAGCCAGCCAACGACAUCAAGAUCCUUCUGGAGGAGCACGUGGACAUGUGCAAGCGCGUCCUGAACAUCUACCGCAGCCUCGUCAUGCACGAGACCAUGGACCAGAAAACAUGGGAGCAGGCCUUACUGGUUAUGCUGAGGGUGACGGAGUCUGUGAUGAAAAGGCCUCCAUCCAUCAUGCCCCAGGGCAAGAAGAACAACACGCUGUCAGGCAGGCUGGCCGGACCCAUCUUUCAGACGCUGAUCGUGGCGUGGAUCAAGGGGAAUCUGAACGUGUACAUCAGCAGAGAGCUGUGGGACGACCUGCUCUCCGUCCUCUCCUCUCUCACCUGCUGGGACGAGCUGGUCACUGAGUGGUCUCUCACCAUGGAAACGCUCACCAAG